GCUCCUCUUCCACUCUGAACAACACUCCGUUUGGGGAAAAUUUGAUUUGGGUAUUGCCAGCUGAAAGAGUUGUUUGAAAUGAGUUUUGUCUUCCGAGGGGGUAGGGGAGAUAUUGAAAGUGGAUUUUCAGAAUAUGUUCCCGAAAGAACCUCCAUGAGGGUUCAUCCAGCUAGGCCAGUUAAUAGCAAUUCUCUAGCUUUUCUUAUUACAGUUAUUUUGAUAUUCAUGAUAUUAAACUCCCCUCAGAUGUUACAUCAUUUUUUGCUCUGGGUUGUACUGGCUAUCUUUGUGAUGGCUACAAGUCUGAGGAUGUAUGCAACUUGUCAACAGCUUCAAGCACAGACCAGGAUUCAUGCUGCUGCAGCCUCUGGGUUGCUUGGCCAUACUGAAUUCCGUCUUCACAUGCCGUCCUCGAUUGCAAUUGCAACUCGAGGAAGAUUGCAGGGACUUAGACUUCAGCUUGCACUUCUUGACCGUGAAUUUGAUGAGCUAGAUUAUGACACUUUGAGAGCUCUAGACUCUGAUACUGCUUCGAGUACUCAUUCAAUGACGGACGAAGAGAUAAAUGCCUUGCCUAUUCACACAUAUAAAGUUCCAGCUCCUACAAAAGAUGGCUCAGCUGGUUUGGCAUCCUCUUCAGGUGCAGCUGAGAUUAAACAGGAAUGUGGAGGAACAGAGGCAGGUAUCAUCAAAGGUCCAGAAGAUGAGUUGACAUGUACUAUAUGCUUAGACCAAGUCAAAAGAGGGGAGCUUAUUCGUAGUUUGCCAUGCUUGCAUCAGUUUCAUGCCAAUUGCAUUGAUCCAUGGCUCCGGCAACAAGGAACAUGUCCUGUGUGCAAAUUUAGAAUAGGGUCGAUAAGUGGUGGAAGCAGGGAGAGCGAGACCAACGGUUCAGAUAUUGUGUAGCGUUAUUCAUAUAUGGCUAUAAACUGCACUUUUUCUUAUGUACAAGUAUGUAUAUAUUAUUUGGUAUUGGCGUAUACACUAAGCUUGGCAUGAGUAUAAGAAGAAUGCAGACCAUGUUUAGCCACUUCACCUAACAAAAAGGGUGUAGCCUCUGUAUCCACAAAAUUUCUUAGAUUUUCCGUAACAUGCUUAUUACUUGAUGUAUAUAUAAUAUAGCAAUGACAUUGAU